UUUAAAUGCCGGAGAGGGAAAGAGGCAGAGUGAGAGGCAGAGGCAGAGUGAGUCGGGCGGGAGGCGCUCAGAUAUCAGCGCUGUCUGAGUUCAGCGCAAACCGGAGGGAAUAUUUCAUAUACUUUUGAGUUAAAAAAAGUAAUCCAUAAGGAGUUAAAACAUCACGAUUAAGGGUGUAAAUUCAUCAUCAGCUGCUGGAUUCGAUAAUGACUUACCAUUGGAGCCUCUUGAUCCUAUAACCAAUGGCAACAGUCCAGGCCUUGCCUUUUACCCAAGAUCCCAGCAAGAACAUCAGUGCUAUUUAUCCAGCAACUUCUCUGGCAUCUGCUGAAUGCGUUAUGGGUAGUGUGGGCAGUCUGAUUGAGAAGCACGACCACACCUCACCCACCAAAGGCAACAAAGCUGUUCCUCAGGUUCCACAGAGGCAGAGCAACUGGCAGAACAGAAAGAACUUAAGCCAGGGAGAGCUGCUGAACUACCUGAACAUCACAAAGAAAGAGUCAAAAUCAAGCAAACACAUUGUCUGCGGCAACUCAUCCAUCAAGAGGGAGCAUUCCAGAGAGGAGGAGAACCUCUACGCCAAGGUUUAUCAUAAAGACGGCAAAGAGGUGGACCUGGGGAAGAACUCUCUCCCGAUAGGUGGCAAGUUUGACAAGCCUCGUUUCAGGUCUUCUGCCUUUAAGCCAGUGACUCCAAAGGGCUUUAGCUCAAUGCAGAAUCUCUACCCGUCCAAUUCCGAGGAACUGAUGAACGGCAAACACUCUACUCCAUUCUACUCCAAAAGCACAUCCAAAUCUCUAUCCACAUCUUCCUCAUCCUCUUCCCCUUCGCGGGUGGGGACCUGUGCCAACAAGGGAGUCCUGGCAGUGCCACAUGAAGAAGAAACAGCCUCAGACUCUGGCCAUAACUCUAUGAGCAGCCUGCCACCAUACCGCCCUCCGUUCCGCCCCCAGCUGGGGCAUAUUAGCGCCUCCAUGGGUCAUAUUGAGCACAUCGGCUUCCUCGAGCGGACUUCAGGAGGCAUCGGGGCACUUAGUACGGCCCCUGAGGCCUACGAGCUCUCACACUCUUUGGAGGAUGUGGUGAAAGACCUGGAGGAGCGGCUGCAGGAGAAAGAGCAUGAGCUGUGGCAGAUGAGGAAGAACUUGGAUGAGAGCGAGGAUGCCAUUGCGCAGGUCAACACACUCAACACACAUCACGUAAAAGAGGUGUUUGAAGGUAAGCAGCGGCUGUGGGAAAAGGAGGUGUCCGAGCUGAAGCAGCUCUACACCGCUAAGCUACGUCAGGUAUCCCAGCAGUCUCAGCGCUCCCAGCGUGCCCUGCAGCUGCAGCUCUACAAGGCUCAGCACGAGCGCAGCCGAGUACAGGAUGAACUAAACACGAUGCAUCGUAAAUACCAGAGCCUGCAGAAACAGGGCGGAGCAGAACAGAGCCACGAGCUCCAACCACAGCUUGAAGAGACCCAAUGGGAGGUGUGUCAGAAGGCAGGUGAGAUCUCUUUGCUAAAGCAGCAGCUCAAGGACUCCCAAGCCGAGGUGACUCAGAAGCUCAGUGAGAUCUUCCUGCUGAAGACACAGCUACGUGAAACACGCAAUGAGCUAAGCACCAAAGAGGGACAGCUGGACAUGCUGCAACAGGCCCUGCAGGCCUCACGCCGCAAGUGUUCCCUGGGAAAGUCGAUGCAGAACCUAUCCUCUUAUCAGACUCCGGGCGAGGACAGCGGAACAAGCAGUGCCACAGAGGAUCGUCUCCGUGCUGAGCUGCUGCUGGAGCGGCGCCAGAACGAAGCCCAGGCCUUGGCCUUCGACAACGAGCGCAGCACGUGGCAGCUGGAGAAGGAAAAGGUACUCCGCUAUCAGAGAGAGCUGCAAGCCAGCUACCUGGAGAUGUUCCACAAAAACGAGAGCCUGGAAAGAGAACUUCAGCAGCUCCGAGAAGGCAGGGUCGGAGCGGUAGGGGGCGGGGCUAUAGCCGAGCCCUCAGGUCUUCCCUGGAUUGAAAGGAUCGAGUCCUCGGAAAUCUAAAUAUAUGCAUACAUGUAGUAUGCAGUUUGUCUAUAUGUGAAUAUCAGAGUGUAAAAAAAUGUAAAUGAGCGAAUAAGAUAAAAAAAAAAGCAAUGCUUUUCCUGAUUUUCUUCAAAUGUUUAUAUCUAAACAAAUGUAAAUGUAUUCGUUUUGAUUUAGAAAACGAUUUCAAAAUGUUACAGCGUGUCCUGGAGUUUACAGAGGGAUUUCAUUUUGAUGUGUUUCAAUGUGAUUCGAUGUGAUUUCAAUCUGAUUAGACACAUUUUUUUACCAUAUUUUCCAAAGUUUUUACCAAAGGAGGUCUGAUGAUGGACAUUUUGUAAAUCGAAAAGGAAACCCUGUUGUGAGUAAAUGUCGAAUUACCCCCUCCUUUUAUUAACACCAGUUUCCAGAAAUAACAGGUUACAUGUACACGGAUAUACAUGUCAGCUGACACGCAAUAAAAAAAAACCUUAUGGCCUA